AAGCCCUGACACAUUGUCAGACUGCUCUGCUCCUGCCUCAGACUCACACACAACACACACCCCGACCACGAGUAACCAUGGCUCAACAACCAGUCAGUCUUCCUGCUAAACUUAUUAACGGAGGUGUAGCAGGGUUGGUCGGAGUCACGUGUGUGUUCCCCAUCGAUUUGGCCAAGACGAGACUUCAGAAUCAACGCAGCAGCCAGCAAGUGUACAAAAACAUGAUGGACUGUCUGAUCAAGACGGUUCGGUCUGAAGGCUAUUUCGGCAUGUACAGAGGAGCAGCAGUCAAUCUGACCCUAGUGACCCCCGAGAAGGCCAUAAAACUGGCCGCUAAUGACUUUUUCCGUCAUCACCUCAGCAAAGGAGACUCCAGAUUGAGUGUAUUUAAAGAAAUGCUGGCAGGAUGUGGAGCCGGAGUGUGUCAAGUGAUCAUAACCACACCCAUGGAGAUGCUCAAAAUUCAACUUCAGGAUGCAGGAAGGCUUGUUGCUCAGAGAAAUGUAGCUGUGAUCCCGGCUCUAAAGCUUGGAGCAGGGGGCACGGUGUUAAACUGCGCCUACAGCCUCGGACCAACCACACACAUUAGAAGAAACUCGGCCAUCCAGAUCACGCAGGAGUUACUGCGCGCUCACGGCGUUCAGGGACUUUAUAAAGGACUCGGAGCAACAUUAAUGAGAGAUAUUCCAUUUUCCAUUGUUUACUUCCCUCUGUUUGCUCACCUGAACAAUUUGGGAAAACCAUCCGAGGGUGAAAACGCACCAUUUUACUGGAACUUUGCCUCAGGCUGUGGUGCUGGUAGUGUAGCUGCGGUUGCAGUCAGUCCUUGUGAUGUGGUGAAAACGAGGCUGCAGUCGCUCACUAAAGGUGCACACGAGGAGACGUACAGUGGAGUAAUUGACUGUGUCAGUAAGAUCAUUCGUAAAGAAGGCCCCGCUGCCCUGCUGAAGGGCGCUGGCUGCAGAGCGCUCGUCAUCGCUCCGUUAUUCGGCAUCGCGCAAGUUGUUUAUUUCAUCGGCGUCGGGGAAUUCUUCCUGGGACAGUUUCCUAAUAUCGGAAUCUAAAUAUUGAACCACAUAAACAUUAAAAAUUAAAGUCUGAUGCAGCUACACUGUGACCAUUUGGAGAAUGACAUGGUGUGAGUUUUUCUAUGGAAAUGCUAGCAUUAGCAUCUCACAGGAGGCUUUAUUCUUAAGAUGAGACCAUGUUUUUUUUAAAACAUAUAUGAAUUAAAAAAAAACUUUUUUUAAACAUACUGUAUCUCCAAGACCAGCCUUAAAGUUCCCUCAAUGAGGGAAGGGAUGCCUUGGACAAUAAUCAGCAUUGUUUUUAACAUGCCUUCAUCAACUUCCAAAUAUUUUCAAUUGUAAAGUUGUAUGUAUUAAACAACUGCUCUAAAAUCUAUACAGAUAUAAACUCAAACCCCAUCCAACCUAUAGAGAAGUGGAGAAGGGAAGUUGACGAGUGCAUAUUAAACACAUUGCUGAACCCAUGCCCUGUUGUCUUCUUCUCACCUGUCUGUCCCUGUUUGUCUCAGACAUUACAUUUUAGAAGGUAACCUUUGACAGGAGUUCCAAUUAAAUUGUCUAGUCCAUUUUCAUGGGUGUGGUUACCAUCCGUUUUAAAAACAGGAUCCAAAAAAAUCUCAGAAUAUCAGAUUCUGCUUGGAAAACGAUUCCGACUUGGUACUUAACAGAAUUCCUGGAAUUGCAAUUUUGCUCUUCAUUUAAACAGUGAGAAAAAAGUUUUAAAGAUAAUUCAUAUAGAGGCUCCCGAGUGGAACAACAGAAACGAGAGCCAAGGGAGCUAAACUGCCCGCUCUCUCUGUGUGGGAGGGCGGCCUUACUCUCUCUUUCCUAGCGAUGUUAGAAAAUCAUGGACAUUAGUGGGUUUAUGGAUACGAAAGAGGGCAGGUAGAGCUUUGCUCUAAGAGUGUUACUAUGCCUGGGAGGCAUCACAUGCAGCCAGGUGAAAAUAAAUCCUUCAUGUAUCUGGGAGGAAGUAGGUGUUAGCCUUCAGACCUCCUGGUUUGUAGUCAUAGUAAAAUGAGUCUCACUCAUGGUGGUGCCUGGUGGAUUAGAAUUGGGAUUAGAAUUUUUUUUAACAUCAGUGUUGAUCAGUAACAUACCUCAGACAGUCGGGUCAAAAAAUCCAAAGAAACGUUUUUUUGGUUUUUUUUUCCCUCAUAGAGAUCAAUAUUAGAGCCCUAGACAACCAAGUGCACACUUCAAACACCCCUGUGUAUUUGAGACCUCUUUUUCAAUAAAAAUGUGACGGAAUAAGAAUAUGGUUGGUGUCAUGUUCUGAAAAGAAUGCAAUUUUAUUUAUCUUUGCUGUUGUGAAGAUGUAAAUAAAAAACCCAAAUGAUGCCAUGGGAGUCCAUAAUAACUGUGA